AUGUUCUCGUUCUUCGCUCAACGCACUGUCCUCGUGGCUGCCGGGCUGCCCACCGCGUACUACGCAGCCAACUCGGUCAUCAGCAACAGGAAGAGCCUCGCCCAGCCCGGCCCCUCGUCCUCUGCUCAACUGCACUUUCCUACUGUUGAACGCAGCAACGGGGGGAUCUGA